CGAUUAUCACGUGACCUGACAAAGUACAACUGACAACACAGAGCUUAUAACAGCUGGAGUGUGCAGCUACAGAGAGAAACUUUAACUUUAAAAGGAGUUAAGAAUGGCUGGAUUAAAAUUAGUAUGACGCUUUACUAAACGGACAUUUGUAGGUAAAGUGUUGAAUGGUUGCGGUGUGUAAUCAUGGAGGAAGAGUCGGACACGAGAGAAAUCCUGUCGGCAGACCCGCGGAGGCCGCUGGACGAGCAGGACGCGGCGGGAAGACGCUGUGGCUGUUCCGGGGCUCCGCCGUUCGCAUGUCCGCUUUCAGUGACUGUCGAGCCCGUGCUCUUCCUCUCCACGUUCUCUCUGGCACUGCAGAUGCCUCUUUACACGCAGUACCUCUGGGAACGCAUUAGCGAGGAUGUGGGCUAUAACGGUACAAGAGGAGGAGGAGGAUGUGGUAAUUCAUCUGCUGAGCACGACCCGCUCCAGAAGGAGGUGGAAGCUCUAACUGCACACUGGAACUUGUACAUCAAUCUGGGAGGUUUUCUUGUGGGCCUCUUCAUUGUGAUCCUGAUCGGCUCGUGGAGUGACCGAGCUGGACGGCGUCUUGUCUUGAUUCUUCCCAGUUUAGGCCUGGCUGUCCAGGCUACUGUCUACCUGACUGUCAUGUACCUGAAACUGCCUGUGGCCUGGUUCCUAUUGGGACGAAUCUGCAGUGGCCUGUCUGGGGAUUUCAAUGCCAUUCUGGCUGGCUGCUUCGCUUAUAUGGCCGACAUCAGUGACAAGAGUUCUCGCACGUUUCGUGUGGCGAUACUGGAGGCAUGUCUGGGGGUCGCUGGCAUGUUUGCAAGCAUAAUUGGGGGCAAAUGGCGACAUGCACAAGGGUAUAUCAACCCUUUCUGGCUUGUGCUGGCCACAAACCUGGCCACGGCCCUGUAUGCUUAUCUCUUUGUACCCGAGUCAGUGACUCCUGACCCUGGGGCAAGGCUCUUCUCCACCCAGCACCUCAGAGCUGUCUAUAAUUUGUAUACAUCUGGAGGACAGAGAGGAUACAGGACCAGACUCUGGUUCUACACCCUCUGCUUCUUCCUGGUGGUCACCGUGCAUUUCGGCUCACGGGAGCUGUACGUGCUCUAUGAGCUGAGCACACCUCUGUGCUGGGACUCUGAGCUGAUUGGGUAUGGCUCGGCUGCUCAGCACAUGGCCUACCUCACCAGCCUGCUAGGCCUGAGGGUCUUACAGCACUGCCUCGAUGACUCCUGUGUGGCCAUCCUUGGCUUGGUGUCCAACAUAGCUGGCUUGGUGGUGUUUUCAGUUGCAAAUACAACAGGUCUCAUGUUCACAGGAUAUGGCCUGUGUUUUCUCCUUAUGGCCUCCACCCCAGUCCUGAGAUCCAAACUGUCCAAACUAGUGGACCCCUCAGAGCAAGGUGCUCUCUUCGCCUCGGUGGCUUGUGUAGAGGGUCUGUGCUCACUGGUGGCCAGCGGAGUCUUUAACUCGAUCUACCCCGCCACCUUACACGUGAUGAAGGGCUUUCCUUUCCUCUUUGGAGCCAUACUCCUUCUCUUUCCUGCUGGAAUAAUUGGGGCCCUGUGGUACAGAGAGAAGAGGAUGAACAAUGGAGAAACUGCAGUGAACUGAUGCUGGCUGUGCAAAAUCUUUGACAUUGAAAAGGAGGCCAAAAGACAACCAUCUCAGUCCCAGACUCUGUUUUCUGUAAACCUGAAGCAUUGAGAUUACACAACCAGUGGUUGUAGACACAUCUGUUUACUGUUGACUAUAUUUUGAUCUUGUUUUUUCAGUAGAAAUCCCAUGAAGUGUGAUAUGAAAGGAUAAUAGGUAUUUUAACCGUAUUAACAGUUAAAAAAUUAAGUGUAACUUUUGAUAUUUGGUACUUUUUGAGCAGCUGCAUGUCUAAUAAAAGGCUACAGGAUUUCGAUAAA